GGAUCCGCCAGACCUCAACCUCCACCAUCACCGGCUCAGCCGCUGCCGAAAGCUCCAGCUCAGGGAGGAGUUGCUGGUACAUACGAUCCAAACUAUCAGACGCUGGCAGGCGUGCAAGGCGACGUUUUUGGCGCGGAUAAGAAGAAACCUGCUCCAAACGCUGCUGCUCCUGCUGCUGCUGGACCUCAGAAGCCAGCCGUUGGAAACAUUAUGGCAGGUAGGAGUCUCGCGAUUGCGUUGACUUCCUUUCUUCGCCUUUCUCCGGCGCUUUGUUCGUCAUUUGACACCUCAAUUUACGCAGCAGUCAUAUCCGUCGUGAUUGGCCACAAGCACCCUUCAAAGAUUGCGUCCAUAGGCCUAUUACAUCAAGGCAGCACGGAAAGAAUCCACUCGGUUGCUCAAGAAAAAGGAGAAGCUGACACGGCGAAAAGCGGACAAGGAACGCUAGCGAGGAAGAGUAGUAAAGACACCAUAGAGAAACACCGAAAUUUCUAUGGUUUUGAAGUUGACUGCGUGGUGAAGACGGGACAAAAAGACGCGGAGGAAAUCACAAGAGAUUUCACGCAGGGCCAUGGACGCUAUCUAUUACAGGCAGUGCCCCAUUUGCAA